AGCAGAAAAACCCUACGCAAACCGCGCGAUCGCUGCUUAAGGGUUUUAGCGUCGCCAUGGCAGAGGAGGUGCCGCCGGAGCUCGCCGCCGGGGAGAACCCACCGGCUGCCGAGGACAUGGAGCUCGUGGCCGGGGAGCCCGACCCGAAGGCCGAGGAGGCCGCGGCCGGCGGCGGCGAGGAGCCCAAGGCGAAGCGCCCGAGGGAGGAAGAAGAAGAAGAAGGGGAGGAGGAGGAGGAGGAGGAGGAGGACGCGGAGGAGGGCGGCGGCGGCGGCGGCGGCGGCGCGGUGAAGAAGCAGAAGGUGGAGGAGAAGUCCGUCGAGGAGGAGCGCCUGGAGAAGGGUCCGGGUCCGGGUCGGACCAAGGUCGGGCCCAAGGAGUUCGGGUCAGCCGUGGAGAUGUUCGACUACUUCUUCAAGUUCCUCCAUUUCUGGCCUGCCAACGUCAAUGUCAAUAAGUACGAGUACUUGACGUUGCUGGAGUUGAUUAAGAAGGGGCAUUCAGAGCCGGAGAAAAAAAUAGGUGCAGGAAUCAAAGCAUUUCAAGUCCGAUUUCAUCCCACAUUCAAAAGUAAGUGCUUCUUCCUUAUAAGGGAAGAUGACUCCAUGGAUGAUUUCAGCUUCAGGAAGUGCGUGGACCACAUAAUCCCAUUGCCGGAGGAAAUGAAAGCCAAAGAGGGGGUCAGCAGGGCAUUAGGUGGUGACAAAGGACAUGGAGGAAGAGGAGGUCGUGGACGAGGUGGCCGCGGUCGUGGAAGGGGCAGGAGAGGAAAACACUGAGGUUUAUGAUGAUGUCAAUGUUAACCUGUUGCUGAUGUGGGUUGGAGAGAAAAAUUAGCACCAGGGGUUUUUGUUGUACUCCCUUAUUUUGCUUUGCUAUUGCAAAUGCACAUGCUGUGCUGCCGGGAUAUGCUUGUAUCGGAUAGUCAUGCAUCAUUUUCUUGUUUAGCAGCUCUUGUUCAAAGAGAGUAGUGAUUUCUUAACUAAGGUUUUGGAUUCUUGCGCAACUUUUUAGUGUACUACACUAUGAUCAUGAAAUGCAGAAUGCAAUGCUGGUUCUAGCUCGAUUGGAUCAA